AUGGAAUUAUUUGGUAAAUUUCAGUUUGUUUUUAUUUUUGUUCAAGCAGGUGAUGAAGACGAAAUUACAAAAGAACACAAAGAUUCAAGACCUGAUGGACAUGAAACAGUGGAUGAAUCUGUUACUUUAUUGGACCAAGAAACUCUUUUACAGUCCACGCUGCCAACUAAUAAAACGAUGGGUUUGGUUGCUCAAGUAACAGGAACAGUAACUGGACAGUCUAGAAUUCCCUUAUCUGUUUCCACUUCGGGUAGUAACAUAAGGGCUCCAAAAGCUUUGACUUCUCAGGACGCAGAUAAAAUGUCCAGUGACCACCGGAUACAGUUCACAACCUACGAACCCUUGUCAUUGACCAGUAUAAUAAACAAUGAUAUUGACCAAAGGAUAAAAGAAUCAAACCCUAAACCGACAUCUUCAUCUGAAAAUUUUCCCUCAGGAACAGGAAGAGGCACGUGGCAGGAGUUGACUUUGUUUGGAGCAAGUGAUUCUCGUGGUGGACGGAGCUUUCCAGGAACGACCGAGGCAAGCACGUCUUGCACGAUGGGCGUAACAGCCCCAGGUUUCAAAUUUCUGGUGACAACAUAUCUGGUCCUGUCAGCCAUCUUGGGAUGAUUAUUUUAUUUACAUACCUGUACUUUUGUCGUACAGAAUUUAACUUAUUUUGUUAUCAUUAAAUUGUAAGAAAGGUUUGGAUACUUUUUAUAGUUCAGAAAUGCAACAGUUUUUUUUUCCAGAUAAUUCAAAUUCCAACAGCCCUAUGACAGCCCGUGUUAGAUAACUAUAUAUUGAAUAUAAUUGAACUCUAAAGGUUUAUAUACAGAUAUAUAUUUUUUUUAAAAGCGGGUAAAACUUAGUUUCAUCUUUGUUGUUUUUUCGUAUGUUUUCCAAAGAAUAUAAUGACUGUCUCUUGAAUGUGUAAAACAGAAUUAACAGAACAUUGCAAAUAACCUACCUUUUUGUAUUUUUUUGUAUGUAACUUAGUUUCUUAAGUUUAGAAAUGUAAUGUAUAACUCCAGAGACUAUAUAAAGUGUAGAAACUAUUACCUAAGUAGCUAGAGAAAUUAUAUGGUACAAUUAGGUCAUGAAAUUCAUAAGAUAUAUUUUAACAUGAAAUCAUUCAUAAGAUAUAUUUUAACAUGAAAUCAUUCAUAA